CUUAACACAGUGACAGACACAACCGACCAGCCAAAGCAAAUGAGUUUUUAUUUGGUUUUAAACCCCGGAAACAUUCGAUGACUUGGCUACAGCAGAGAAAUACAACGACUGAACACGUGCUCCAUAUCAACACAUUUUGCAUGCGUGCAUUUUAACGACUGUUUCAGAGUUCGCCUGUUCAUUUGAGUUCGAGCUACUGAAGUUCUCCGGUGUUGCUGUCGACCUUCCUCCAUUGGUGGAUAAUUUUUAAUCGUUAAGGGUUUUGAUCAGCCCUCACCUGAGGUGAAAAGGAGGGUACGGAGGGAGAGAGAAACAGAGUUUUUACUUGGGACGUUUUCUCCGGCAAGCUGCAACAUCGGGGCAAAUCGAACUAUUGGCAAGAUCUGGGGGGACCCGUGACUGCCUCUAGCAUGAUGUCAUACCUCAAACAGCCCCCCUACGCCAUGAACGGCCUGGGGCUGAGCGGAGCCGCAAUGGACCUGCUACAUCCUUCUGUGGGGUACCCAGCAACUCCCAGAAAACAGCGUCGAGAACGGACUACAUUUACGCGUUCACAGCUGGACAUUCUUGAGGCCCUCUUCGGCAAAACGCGCUACCCCGAUAUUUUCAUGAGGGAAGAGGUGGCGCUGAAAAUAAACCUUCCUGAGUCUAGAGUGCAGGUCUGGUUCAAGAACCGGCGGGCCAAGUGCAGACAGCAGCAGCAGAGUGGCAGCAAUGCCAAGGCCCGGCCGCCCAAGAAGAAGUCGUCCCCCACGCGCGAGAGCACGGGCUCCGAGAGCAGCGGGCAGUUCACCCCGCCGGCCGUCUCCAGCGCGGGCUCCUCGUCCAGCUCCAGCUCGUCCACGGGCAACGGCAACAACGGCAACAACGGCGGCGGCGGCGCAGGUGCCAACGCGGGCAUCAGCAGCACAUCUACCUCCAUCAGCACCGUCUCCUCCAUCUGGAGCCCGGCCAUCUCCCCGGGUUCGGCCCCGGCUCCCCCGGUCACUCUGCCCGAGCCCGUGGCCCCCGCCAAUGCGUCCUGCAUGCAGCGCUCCGUCUCCGGCUCGGCCGGCUCCUCUUACCCCAUGUCCUACAACCAGCCGGCCGGCUACAGCCAGGGCUACCCGGCCCCAUCCGGCUCCUACUUCAGUGGAGUGGACUGUGGCUCCUACUUGGCCCCUAUGCACUCUCACCACCACCCGCACCAACUCAGCCCUAUGACGGCCUCCUCCAUGUCCGGACACCCCCACCACCACAUCAGCCAGUCCUCAGGGCACCACCACCACCACCAUCACCACCACCAGGCCUACAGUGGCGCGGGACUGGCCUUCAACUCCUCUGACUGCCUGGAUUACAAAGAACAAACCGCCUCCUCGUGGAAACUCAACUUCAACGCCACAGACUGUCUGGACUACAAAGACCAGACUUCCUGGAGAUUCCAAGUCUUGUGAUUUUUUUUUCUUUUUUUUCCCUCCCUUCCUCUUGCUUCCCCUUCUUCAGCCCUCUUGUUUUUCAUAGUGUGUUGUUUUAAAAAAAAAAAAAAAGUAUAUGAACUUAUAAACUUAACAAAAUAGUUAGAUGUUCACCAACUUUUUAAAAAAAAGACAAACCCCUGCCCGGGAAAGAAAUCAGUGACAUUGGAAGACUAUGGACUAAGAUUAAAAUAAAAUUUAAAAAGUUUCCUUUUUACUUUUGUCAAUGAAGAAUUGUGAUACAAAAAUGCCCUGGGAAGCCCUUGCAAAUGCUGGACAUGUUAAAAAGAUAAUGUUGUUUCGACUAAACGUCAGCAGCCACCAGCCCACCUCUUCAAUGUGCCCUUCUCUCCUAAGUGAUAUGGAAUACAGUUGUUUUUUCUUCCCUUGCACAGCGACGCUGACAGUUCAGUGGCCUGCUUACCUCCAUCCUAAUCCCAAAACUGUAUAGUUUCUGCCGUUCCUUUUUUUCUUAAAUGGGUUAUUUUUAGGACGAAAGAGAUUUUUAGUCAGCUGCGUAAGGGAGCUGAAAUGUGUAAAUAUGUAUUUGGGUCAGUUACAGUGACCACAUUUAGUUGGUGUUUUACUGGAUUUGGAAUGGUUUAAGACAUUGCAAACGAGUUUUAUGUAAAUCUCUCUCCACAAUGUUCCAAAGAAAACAAUUCGGCCGUUUUCACUUUUGUCCGUGUGGUUGUUCGUUUUUUUUAUUCCACUCUAAAAAGGAUUUAAUAUUUUAAGAAAAGCAAAAGAUAUAUGCUGCAAUAAUGUAUUUGAACGAAUUGGUCAUUUAGCUUAAUUUGGACAAAGUAACAGGACGGAAUUCAUUGCAGAAACAACAUUAAUUGUUUUGAAGUGUUAUUAUUGAAUGUGCUGUGUGUAAUUUCUCUCUGAAGCAGCACACCAUCAUAUUCAUUUUUCAAAAUUUGCUUUGGUCAAAUUUCAACGGUGAUACUGGUUUCAUUUUAACAGCACUUGAUUUACUGUUUUAAUCAAAAGAUAAUUUUGAUAAUGGAUUUAGACCACCGUUUCAAAUGCCAGUGAAAUUCUGAAUGUAUCCCAGGCGAGCGCCCUUACACAGUCAUCAUGUCCAUAAAAUAAAGAUCAGUUAACAAAAACUAAACU